CAUACAACAAUUGCGCUCAAAGCAAGUGGUUUACAAAACAAUCAAAUUGCUCCAGCUCCAGGGCUUUAAUCAAACAAAUUGUCUUAGAUUAAGUUAACAGGACACGUAACUGCAUCAUCCCACUAAUCCAAAUGAGAACGAACCUUUGCCACUUAAAUUUUUAAAUAUUAUUAAUAAUUGUAUGGGCUCUGGAAGGCUUGGUGAGUCAGGCAAUCAGUCCAAAGGUGGUUUUUAGAGCAGCAACUCACCAGUGCGUUCAAGUGCGCCAAAAUGCGGACAUUCGCUCUAUUUUGUUUGCUAAUUUUCCGGAAGUGUUUCGCCGAAUACGCAUCGGCCAACUAUUUUUGCCCGGAUAUGCAUCGACAGCAAAUCGUCGACAUCAGUCAGCUAGAAGGCAUGUGGUAUUUAAUCGAGAAACUCGUUCACACUGAGGAAAGACAUCAGACGAUCCGAUUAACGUCCUGUCCAGUGAUCCACAUCUCCGAAGAUCGGACCACUUUCACCACUCGUAAUCCCCUGUACAAGUUCUACGAUUCGACCUAUGGAGCUCAGUAUCCAUAUAAUACUCCGAACGUUCCGACCAGAAAUCCCACUGAUCCGAGGACGACGUUCGUUAACGAGCAGGACUUCAUCAAGCAAAAUGAGGAAUAUGACCGAAAAACCACCUACGACCACGAGCGAAGAAGGGCCAAUUACGCCUCCUACAUGAAGCGCCAUUUCUCCAAAAAAGGCCUAAAAAUCUACAUGAGCGACGGCAGCAGCAGCAUCGAACACUAUCUGCAGUACAACACGAGCAAUCCAGGCUUCUGGACGUUGUCCGGAUCGGACGAAGCUGUCCAGGACAACAUCAAGCACUUCGCCGGCACCACCCUGGUACUGAAAGCAGUGGGAAACCAUCUGGUGCUGCAUGUCUGCCAGUCGUCCAGAGAAGUGAAGGAACUGUACACGAUGAUUUUAUCCAGGGAAAACUACCUGGACAGUUGGGACGUGCACAGCGUGCAUGGAAUGCUGAACCGGCAGGGUUUAAGAACGACUUUUGUGGAGAAGACUUGCAACGGUGCUGAAUCGUUGCGACUCACUUUGCUGAUCGUUCUGAUCGCUUCCAUGCUAACUUCAUUAUUUUAGAAGCAAUUGUUUGGGUUAAAUCACCCUAUGUAGCAUAAAAAUAUAUAUUUUGGUUGCCAA